AUGCUGCUCAAACCCGCCACGCCCCUCACCAUCCUCCUCCUGAUCGCCUUUGCGCUUCUUCUCAUCUCUGUCAUUUCCACUCCCAUCGUGAAGAGCAUUGCCCUGGCGCGACAUGAUAAUAUCGACUAUGGGGUAUUCGGCUACUGCAAGGGCGAUGUAUGCACCAGCAUUCAUGUUGGUUACGCUGACGACGAUAUCACCUCGGAAGAUGGCACUUUCAGCAUUGCACCUAGUACCCGCAGAUCGCUCUCGGCUAUCCUGAUUGUCCAUCCGGUCGCUGCGUUUCUCACCCUCAUAUGCCUGUGCUUAGCAGCAGCGGCUCACUUUCAUGCUCCGUCGCAUUCGCCCCGCUAUUUGUUGGCCUUGUUAAUCUUACUACUCCCGACGCUACUCGUAUCGCUCCUGGCGUUCCUGGUGGAUAUUCUAUUGUUCGUGCCGCAUAUGGCUUGGGCGGGAUGGAUUGUGCUGGUCGCGACUAUUCUUUUGGUCACUUGUGGUGUGGUUACAUGUGCAAUGCGACGGACGCUCGUCAGCCGCAAAGCAAGGAAGAAGCGCAUCAACGAAAACGCUGAAAUGAGCGGGGAGAAUUACUACAACCGCCAGAAUGCUGCGGCAGCAGCAGCAGGAUUGCACGAACCCGCGCCCUUGAGCAUGGAUACCAAGGAGCCUGUCGUCACCGGAUCCCCACCGUCGUCCGAGACAGGGCAGACGUUUGCUACAUUCCGUACGACUACGCACGACAGUGAUGAUGAUCGCACGCCAUUAAAUUCACGCAAUCCACACACUGAGCCGAUGCCUGACAAUCAGUAUGCCCGGGUACGGGCCGAUAGAAUGGCCUAUAAUUCUUCGCCCGACGAGAUCGGUAUUCCUGCUGGUGCCCAUGCACCCGGCCCCAGGAUGCGCCCGGGACCGCCUGAUCCCCGCCUGCGCAAUCAGUAUUCCGACGGCAGCGUAGGAUCGCGGAGAGGGCCACCCCCACCAGGAUUUGCACGCGGCCGAGGUGGCUAUCCGGCGCGAGGAGGCUACGGUCGUGGAGCGCCUUAUGGAGGACCUGGUCCUAGGGGGCCACCUCCGGGCAUGAACGGUGGCCCAACGGGACCAAUGCGUGGUGAACAUCCUGGGGCGAUGGGACGAGGCUACCGGGGACCCCCUCCUCCUGGCGGCUAUGGUCCUGGACCGGCCCCUCGACCGACUCCCCCUCCUGAAGAUGAGUACGAAUACAAUCACCCGCCUGUGACAGCUCGAGAGCCGUCUCCGGGGCCAAUCGGAAUGGCCGUCUCUCCCGAGCACGGUAGUCCCAUUGGACAGGCCAUUGAGAUGCAACCACAGCCUCGACGAGUGGGCUCUGCUGACCCCGAAGCGCAUGAUGUGAUGCUUCAACCCCAGCCGCAUGCGCUUUCGAUCGAUGGGUAUCAAGAGCCGAUUAGUCCUUCCAGUCUCUAUAGCCGGUCAGCGUCCUAUGUUCCUGCACGUGCCGGAUGGACUCCAGAAGAACCGCAUGUCGGCCACUCUCCCUCACCUGUCCAUGCAUAUGGAGGGCCGCAACACGCACGGACCCCUUCGGCGGAUUAUUUUGAAGAUGCAGACCCUCGAUUUGCAAACCCCAAUGAGUCAGCGGUGGGCAACCCCCGGUUGCCGGCCGUUCUGACACCCGGUGCUAUUGGUGAGAGGAAACCGAUGGAAGAUUUGGCCGAAGGCCCCAGCUCACCGACUACUAGCGAAGUAAGCCACUUUACAUCAAUCUCUGAGCGGCCUAUCAACCCUCGGUGGCGGCCGCCUCCCGUCCCAGCUCAACGGAAGCAUGACGUUCUUCUGGAGAACAACCCAGACUUUGACUUGCGCGCUGGCUCUGGGCGAGCGGGGGCUGCUGGUGUUGGUAGUCGGAUGCCACCCGUGUCGAUACCCCGAGAUACGGCAAGAUACCCGAUCUGAACAUAAUCUUAAUCAUUUCCUCUACACUGUGUUGUGCUUGUCACCGCCCGUGCCGGUUGCGUGGAGUUCUGGAGUCUGUGAAAAUGGUUGUUGUGUUCUUGUGCCUUUUCUGUCAUGCUUGCGCCGCAUGGCACUGCAAAUACGCGCACUCUGUCCGUUGCGUCGGUCCAUGUAUAUGAACAUUGGAAAGAUCCGAGUGUACACUCCGCGGCAUGUCUAUGAUUGUCGUUAGUUAUGAUCGUUAUGUUAGUCCAAUAGCCAUGAUUAUGUUUGCCAGCGAUCUUGCUGCACCUCGUUAGAUGAUUGUCAAGGAAUG